AUGUCUCUUCCCAACGAGACUCUAGCUGCCAUCUUCGAUUCUCUUCCGCCCCAUGUGCUCGCUGUCAUUUCCUGUGUGUCCUAUCGGUUCAACGCCGUGGCUGAACGACUCUUGUAUGCUUCCAUUUCCAUAUCGGAUUCCCUUUCCUCCCAAUCGCCCCUCCCUCGACGCUCCCUUCGCUGUUUCAGGUCCAUUCGCGCUAGACCUCAUCUCGUUGAAACCAUAAAACGACUACAAAUUCGCUGGCAGGGAGCAAAUAACUCUACCUAUCUCGACCUCGCUAAUGCGUGUGUCGAAGUCAGCCAAACUCUGCAAACUCUAAUCUACCUUGAGGGCUUGGAUGUCUUCCUCGGUCCCGCAAACAGAACCGUGAUCGGCUCUAAUAGUGGCGGUAUCCAUGCAAUCGAGCAACUUUUGCAUAACUGCCACUUUCCUCAUCUCCGAUACUGCUCACUUGGGGCAGAAUGGGCCAAGUCGCCUCCAACACAUCCGUAUACCCACCUUCUCCCGAUUUUUCUAGCCACCUCCGUCCCAAUCUUACGCCAUUUGCGUUUGUCUGAUGCCCAUUCUCCGCUUAACCCUCCACUCCCUCCGACUGCGCUUCCCCUUCUUACCUACUUUCGCGGCUCCCCAGACACUGCAGCUUCGAUACUUCCGGGACGACCAGUCACCGCGCUGGCCCUCAUUGGCCAAGAUUCGGACGUCAACCGGGAGAAUUUGCCGCGAUUCGCCCUCACAAGCAUGCCGCUAGUCAUGCUCGAUUUAUCAGCAAUGCAAGCCCGACCAGUUCUCCUGCGAAGCAUCGCCGAGUAUCUCCCUCAACUUGAACAUCUGCGAGUGCGUCUUGCCCUUCGACACACCCUCCAUUAUGCUCUUUCCGGUAUCACACUCUUAGCUGGGCUAGCUCCCGUCUUACGGGACCUCCGUCACCUGGUAGUGUUUGAUCUCUCACCAACAGAGAUUAACGCCGUCCAACAAGCUAAUUACGCCGAAGAAGCUGCUUUGUGCGCUCAGUGGUUCCGGGAAUGUCCCUCUCUUCGCCGUAUUCUGUUUCCGUCAGGCCAUGAAUGGCAAUACGACAGUCAAGGAAACUGGGUUGCCGUCUGA